CACACUCCUGCCGACCCAGCGCUGUUUACAGCAGUAGCGUGCCUGGUUUUGGUCGUGUAACCUCCGUGCAAACACUGCGAGAGGGAGAGGACGUGACUGUUUCGUACAUGCCAGAGCAGCUACUCGGACUAUUCAUGGCACGACCGCGAAGGCAGCGCAUUAUCCGGGAACUCUUUGGAUUCGAUUGUCGCUGCGAUCUCUGUGAGCGCGAAAAGGAUGAGUUCAAUGGCUGCGGUGAGGGCGCAGCGCCUCUCACGGACAACGACGUUACUUCUAAUUUAUUUGUAGAUUCAACAGAUACGCGGAACAAGACACGAAGUCAAGAAAUAGUAAGUCCGGAGUCCUCGAAAAGGCUACAGCAGAUGCUAGUGGACUGGGAGGCUUUGCUUUUUCGAGAAGAAAGCUCCUCAGACAAUUCAGAAGAUGGGCAGUUUCGUAAGCGGAGAAAAAAGAGCGGUCGUCGACGGGCGCGGGCGAAAGAGACAAAUGGCCAAGUUGAUGCAUCAUCAUCUGGGGAUGUUUCAGGCGAAGAAGCUUUGACCGG